CUGUUUGGAAGUUUCUUAUUGUGAGAGGGGGCUCGAGUCACGGCAACCAAGUUCGGCGCCUGGUCAUCUCUGGAGCUGACCACGCCUUUGGCCGUCGUCGAUUCCGCGUCUCAGAGCCGAGUUGGCGGGCCCCGUGCAGGUUAAAUUGUCUGCAGCGCCCGGCUACCUGGAACUCCGAGCGAUUACCAGUUUCGGCUCGGAGCACGACCUUCGCCAACCCCAGAUCGGCCACUUCAAGGGACCGAAACCGUUGCCGUGGCCCGAUGCCGUGCAAGUCGAGCCUCCUCCUCCUCCUCCUCUCCUCCUUCUUCUCCUCCGAGGCCAAGUCCGUGAAUACACCAACGACGCCGUUACGUUGCUGAUACUUAAGUAAGGAAGGGCGCGGCGCUCGCUGCUGCUGAUGUGAAGACGAGGAGCAGACUUGAACAUUGGUAAAGCAGAGCACUGUUUGAUUGCGCUCGUGCACUCGCCACCAUCAUCCAAUUAACAUACCUAGCCCAUAAUUAUCGGACACUGGCGUUCGAGCACCGCCCACCGCCCACCAUGCGUCUCCUGCGAUCGCUCACCAAGAUGGCCGCCAUGGCCGGCCUGGCCGCGGGCGCGUCACUGCAGCCGGUGACCAACUUUGGCGACAAUCCGACCGGUCUGCAGAUGUAUGUGUACGUUCCGGACAAAGUUGCGGUCUUGCCCGCCAUCAUCGUUGCUCUGCAUCCCUGUGGAGGAUCGGCUCAGGGAUGGUACUCGCAGACACGGCUCCCGUCGUACGCGGACCAGCUUGGGUUCAUCCUCAUCUACGCCGGCACGACCAAGAUGAGCAACUGCUGGGACGUCCAGAACCCGGCCAGCCUGACACACAACGGCGGGGGCGACGCCGGGGGCAUCGUCAGCAUGGUCAAGUACGCGCUGAAGCAGUACAACGGCGACGCGUCGAGGGUGUACGUCAUGGGGGGCUCGUCGGGGGCCAUGAUGACCAACGUGCUGGCGGGCUCGUACCCGGACGUGUUCGAGGCCGGCGCGGCCUUCUCCGGGGUGGCGCACGCGUGCUUCCUCGGGGCCGACUCGGCGACGCCCUUCUCGCCUAACCAGACGUGCGCGCAGGGCCGGAUCCAGCGGUCGGCGCGCGAGUGGGGGGACCUGGUGCGCAACUCGUUCCCGGCCUACGACGGCCGCCGCCCGCGCAUGCAGAUCUUCCACGGCAACGCCGACUUCCUCGUCCGUCCCGAGUGCGCCCACCAGGCCCUCGCCCAGUGGGCCGACGUCCUCGGCCUCCAGCUGACCCAGACCAACAAGGGCGUGCCCUCGGCCGAGUACACCCAGGAGGUCUACGGCGACGGCACCCAGCUGCAGGGCUUCUUUGGCGACGGCGUCGGCCACAUCGCCCCGGUCAACGAGCCCGUCAUGCUCCGCUUCUUUGGCCUGAUGAACUAG